AUGUCCAUACUAUCAACAACUUCUUUCUUGACUUCUACCGAUUAUCGUUAUGAUUUAUCGUGUAUAAAUGAAUUUGUAAAACAUUCUGAAUAUGAAAUUAUACGAACAGUAGAACAACGUUAUCAACAUUUGCUUACUGAUUGUUAUCAUCAAUUAGAAAAAUUUGUUCAAAAUAGGUCGAAUACAAAUGAUGAACGAUUAGCUGAAAUUCAUCAAGGCAUUAUUGAAACAGGCUCUGAUUCUUCUCAUUUGCAUACAAAUUCCAUAAUAUUAAGUUUAAUCGAUGAAUUACGUUUGUGUCUUUGGCGUCUUAUUGAAGCCAUCAUCGAAUUGUCACAUUAUAGUAAUGAUAAAUCAAUUUUAUCAGAACAAAAACACUUUUUAAUAAAUAUUCAAUAUAUGGCAACGUAUAAUGACCGUCGAGCACAACUAAUCAGUCAACAUUUGAAAAUGGAUAAAAAUGAAAGAGAAUUAUUAAUUCAAGCAUUAUUUCAAUUUGAUAAUGAUACCUAUGAUCAAUUAAGAUUAAUCGCUAUCGAAACAGUACAAAAAUGUCAGCUAUUGUUAACAUUUUUGGGAAAAGCAAUCAAACAGAAGAAGUAA